AUAAUAACGAUUGUCUUGCGCAUAGUUGCAACAACAAAUCUAUUAAGUAUAAAGGCAAUGUCCGGAAGAAGUUCAAAAAUGAAGGUGCUUUUGGUAACUCUUACCUGUUUGGCACUUUGCCACGCCCAGGCUCCAGCCACGAGGACAAAAUCACGCCGUGGCCCGCCGCCAUCGUGGAAAGCCGCGGCACCGCCAGCAUCCGCGGGCGCUCCGAUCAAGUACAGACCGUUCGCCCCGCCACCCAGACGUAAUGACGUGAAAGACGUCCGGGACAACUUCGGUCGCCGUCUACCAGUUCUGGAACCCGCGCCACUUUCCGCGUAUCCACCGCCGCCGUCGCCCAUGAUCCGCGGACCUCCGCCACCAAGACGUUUUGUAAACCCACCAAUUCCACGAAACCCCCUGCCGCCAGUUCGAACAAAGAGUAUUGGAUUCAUCGGCAGACCCAUCGUCGACGUCCCGCCGCCCAUGGUUCCGGUGACGGACCCACCCACGCCACCGCCGACAUACCCACCACAAGUGUACGAGCCUCCGUCACCGGAUGCAAACAAGGAGGAGGAAGAGGAGAGCUAAGCCCUUCGAUGUUCGUCUGUCUGCUUGUCGGCUGAUAGCUUUCAUAGACUUUACAUAUAUACUCAACGUAAACAUAUUAUAGGACAAUUGUUUGUUUCAUCGUUAUAUCGCCUGAUACAGUACACCGUAGUGUUGUGCCGAUGCUCGAUUGUAAUCGACAAUUGAUCGCAAAGGCCUACGUCGGCGACAAUCGAUAGAGAAAUUUGAAUACUGUAAUCGAUUAUAGAAACAAGGGACGUAACCGCUACAGACUUAUUUUCUUUUUCUGGUUAAUGCUAGUUGAUGUUGAAAUGUUAAGGUGUUACUAUGUUGUUAUCUAGUCAUAUUCAUGUCAGUAGCUCACUACAGUACCUGAUUACAAAUUGUCUUUGUAAUUCAAUUGCUAAAGGAUUGAUUCUAACAUUUUAAUGUUUGUCGUUUAAGUGAUUUUAAAACAUGUUACCGUUUAUGCACCAGUCAAUUGUAACCACGGCCACCCCAGGUCCACGGGGUAUACCGGGGAUAGCCGGGGAAAUGGGCCGUGUUUUUACCUUCCAUGUGGCCCCGCUGUGCCGGGUGAAUGCGGUGGUUUUGUAUUCACGCCAAAUAUAGCGGGGAAUGUGCCUUCCUAAGGGUUCCUGGGGUUCGGGGGCAUUUGGCGGGGAUUUUGCCAUCAGUUUGUCCCCGCAGGGCGGGGGUUUUACCCGGGCUUGGAUGGACCGAAAUUCAAAGUCCCCGCUAUUCCCCGGACCUGGAGGGGCCGUGGUUACAACUGACUGGUGCAUUACUUCUUACAUUGUAAGAAUUUAGUUUUCUCAGUUUUCUGAAAGAAAAUAUUCUUGUUUACCAUAUGGAAUAUUCAACUGUUUGUUGUACUUGUUACUGACUGAUUACUAAAAUGAAAUUGAUA